GAGUGUGUUUAGAAAGUGUGUUUGUAUGCGAGCAUGUGUGAAUGAGUGGACUUGAUUGAGUGUGCGUAGGAGGGAGUAUGCAUGUUUGUGAGGAGCCUUCAGUUUGGGAUGUUGGAGUUGGGAGGCCGUUCAAAGGAUGCUCAAACAAAGCUGGAUUUUUUUUUUCUCUCUCCUUUUUGAAUGGUGAUUGAGGACUAGCUGGAUUCCUUUACUCAUGCUGUUGGGCCCAACUCUGCUCCAGGGUAGCUGAAGGAUCUUCUGCAUGUAUGGCCAAGGGGCCUUACCUCACCUGUUACCUCACUAGCCUAUGGGCUGAAGGAUUAUGGGUAACCUCAUCAGCCGGCCCAGCUGCCUGGGCCAGAAGUCCAAACAUGUGAGGUCAGAUGAGGACUUCCUAAAAGAGUGCUACCAACGACGAAGAGAGUGGCAGGUUCCAGAGCAACAUGGAGAGGCCAAAAGAGAAGAGGCCUUCAAAGACAAAGCUACCGACGAUACGAACAAGGAAAAAGAGGUUGAGAGGGACAAGGAAGCAGAAGAAAUUGAUCGUGAGACGGAACAGGGGACUCAUACUCCUAUUUCGGAUAAACCGCUCCACAGCUCUCCUGCCUCAACAAUCAGGAGUACCAGUACUCUGGAAAAUGCCUGGCACAGCAGCCCUUCUCCAAUAAAAACAUCCCGAAAUGGGACACUAACAAGGAGGACAGUACCUCCAGAGUUUGCUCGGUCCCCCCUGGCUCAGCCAGACAAGAGUGCUGCAGAGAGGAGGGCCAGCUUCCAGAGGAGAGACUCUAGAGAAGGAAGCCCCUGGUCCUGGAAGACUGUGGCAUCACGUGAGGUCACAGAAGUGACAGAGGUGACAGAGACAACCGUAACAGAAAUUGUGGAAGUGACAGAAUAUCCAUCGGGAGAUAAAGGAGGGAACCCCAUAGUCACCAGAACUGUUAGAGUCCUGAAUGGGGUCGCAGAGGAACUUGCUGAGGUUGAUAAAAACACCAACUUUCCAACAUAA